AUGGGCGGCAACAACUCCCAGGGAAGUGGUGGCAACCAAAGCCUCGUCGUUGCUCUAAGCAGCGUAUUCUCAGUGCUCGGUGUGGUCAUCAUCAUAUUGGCAAUUUGCCUCUGUUACCGUCACCGCCAUGGUCGCCUCCCGUUUAGUCGCCGGGGUAACAAGCCCAUCGACGAUGAGGAGAUUGAGUCUUGGAAGGCUUGCCGGACUAUUGAGAAGUGCACGACAAUCGUUGUCGACGAGCAUAACAAGCAUGGCUCGUCUGACUCUGUCCGCAAGCCAGCCAGCGUCAUCGUCUAUCAGAACCACGGCCAUUACCAACCUCGCGUUUCGACCGACACGGCCUCACGCUCUAUCCACCACAAACGGAGCAUGGACAAGAAGAGCAUUGAAAUUCCGCAGACCCCCGUCCUCGCAAGAGCCCCUAAUGCCCGUGUUGGCCUCACGGAUGACACCAUCGAAGGUGACCUGGCCUUCCUCCCUUCUCCGAAACGCCGAAACUCGAGGCUAUCCAAGCUGCCGCCGUUGUCCCCUCGUCACGGCAGACAUCGAAGCUCCCGUAGCAGCGCCAGCGUCGGUACUCUACGCGAUCACUGGUACGGCUACCACACCGAUAUGGAGCUGUCACCGCGCGCAUCUAUCGAUCAUUACGACCACAUGCCAUCCUCUGCACACUCAGAUGGCAAGCACCAACACGUCUACAUGUCUUCCUCGAACCCUCCUAGGUUAUCACUAGAUGACGAGUUCUAUCUGGGCGGACUUUCUCCCCGUCCUCUUCUUCGGCAAUCAGAAAUUGGACUCGCCGUAGGUUGA